AUGGAUCCUUGUUUUUCUGAAAUAAUGGUAGAGUUUCUCGCCGUAGCCUUUCACAACAUUUUAUAUUAUGCGUCAGUGUACCCACGAAACAUAUUCGAGACUAGAAAAAAAUACAGUAUUGUAAUUUAUCAUUGUGUCCACCCAGAAAUCAAACAAUACAUAGAAUUGUGCUUGAAAAGUGCAUCCGAGUGCCUGAAGGCUGGUAAACUCCAUCGUAUAUUAUUCUCCAUAACCAACAAUGAUUACAAGCCACUGUUGAAGUUUGUGUUCGAUUUGAGUAAAAAUGAAGAAUUUAAUGACACGACCGAUGCAUAUUUAGUGCAAGCAGAGCAGAAUCUACGGGCUUUCUGUUUAAAAUUAUCGACCAUGUCAGAUAAAUUCGAAGGUCUUCCUGAGGAUGUCAGUUUUGCUAUACACCUUCAUACCACAGAGUCUACUGCAGUUUCUCUCGCCACAAAUCCAGAUUUUGAAGAGUUUCCUUUAGUUGAAGUUGAUGAGAUGGCGAAAGAAACAGAUAUGAUUAUACCUAUAAGGAGAUUUUCAAUCAGAAAAUUUAAAUUGGACACUUAUAUUGAAGUGCAAGGAACUUGAUUAAAAAAGUAUUAUUUAUGUGAACGGCUUUUGAGUGUAUUUGGAUAUAAAACAAAAUGUUGCAAUACACGUUGCAAUCACUAGUAAUGAAAUUAAUACUACUGAUUUUUAGACUAAGUUUUAUAUGUAUGAGUUACUUAACGGUAAUGCAGAACUGUAUACUAAUAAAUUCCAUCCAAUUUUUCAA